GCGGGACGCGGGUCAGUCCUGGGUGCGGCGGGACCGAGCGGAGCGGAGGAGGAGGAGGAGGAGGAGGAGGAGGAGGAUGCCGUACCUGCUCAUCAGCACCCAGAUCCGCAUGGAGGCUGGACCCACCAUGGUGGGGGACGAGCACUCGGAUCCCACGCUGAUGAGCUUCCUGGGGGCCACCAAGAGGAACAUGCUGGGGAACCACUUCUGGGAGUACUACGUGAACGAUGCGCCGCGGAUCGUGCUGGACAAGCUGGAGAGCCGCGGGUACCGCGUGGUCAGCAUGACGGGCGUGGGGCAGACCCUGGUCUGGUGCCUGCACAAGGAAUAGCGAGGAGGACUCGGGCCUUCCUCCCGGAGCAGACCCUGCUGGGGCCGGCCCGCAGCACGUCUUUUCCCCUCAAUUCUGCUUUCUGCCCCGGAGUCCAGGUGGUACAGGCCAAACCUGACCCCGUGGGGAGGAAGGUACACCCAGGCCAGAGGAAAUGCCAAAAACCAGAUGGCUCUGUCUCUGCUUUCAUGGCAAAUACCAGCUUUUUACAUUUUAAUCACCAUUGGAGGGAACUCAAAGAACAGCUUGGGCUGCCUGUUCCCUCGGGCUGCCCGGAGAGGCUGGUGUGGAACUGGGCAGGACAGGGCAUCCCACUCCCUGCCCAGCACCAAUCGCACCAUCCCACCCCCAAAACGUGCAGCCCAGCACUGAUGGCACCAUCCCACCCCCAAAGUGUGCAGCCCAGCACUGAUGGCACCAUCCCACCCCCAAAGUGUGCAGCCCAGCACUGAUGGCACCAUCCCAUCCCCAAAACCUGCAUGGGAGCUCCACGGUGCUCUGUGAGAACCCCGUCCCACAGCAGCACGGCCACUUUCUCUCCCAAGGGGGCUUAGCCGCAGCAUCAGACUUUCAGUCCCCAAAGUCCCGUUGGAGCACAACACAAUGUUCCCAGAACAGCCCUAGAAAGGCCUAGUGCCCAUUUCGGGCUCGGGCUGUGUCAUCUCAAGAGCAGCAGCUGCGAUGCUGGAUCGUUGGGGUCCAUGAGUCCGUCCCGCUGCAUGGGCAACACCAAUAAAACAUUUCUCCAAAGAGA